AUGGCUAAGGAGUUGAUUCAUGGGGGGUUUAGUGAGUCCUAUGGUCUGCUGCCAGCUUAUGCAGAGAUGAUCAAGAGGACAAAUCCCGGAAGCUAUGCUCUUGUGACAUGGACUAAGGAGAUUGUUGGUGCAACCCCUCACUUUAAGUCAUGUUUCUUUUCCUUUGCUUGCAUGAUCAAGGGGUUUUUUGAAGGUUGUAGGCCAAUUAUUGGCAUUGAUGGUGCUCACCUCAGUGGAACCUACAAGGGACAAAUGCUCACUGCAAUUGCCAUAGAUGGGAACAAUGAGAUAUUCCCAAUUGCUUAUGGGAUUGUUGAUGGAGAAACUGGAGACACUUGGGCAUACUUCUUCAGAUGCUUGAGACAAAUGUUCAGAAACUUUGGUGUGCACAGAGAGGACUGGACUUUCAUAAGUGACAGAAUGAGGGGUGUGGAUGGUGCUGUUUAUGAAGUGUUCCCCCAAGCAACAAGGAGAGUGUGUGCCCAACACUUGUACUCCAACUGUAAACAAGCUGGCUGGCAUGGAACUGCCUUCCAUAAGUCCUUCUGGGUUGCUGCAAAUGCAUACAACCCAUAUGUGUACAACAAGGCAAUGGAGAAGAUUGCCAAAAUUGAUCCAAAGGCUGUGGAUUAUCUGUCCCAAGUGCCAGAGCAGUGGUCAAGGCACAAGUUUGAACCGCAUGUGGUUUGUGAUCACAACACCACCAAUUUUGUUGAAUCUUUCAACGCUUGUACCAAGCCUUUUAGAGACAUGCCAGUGUACACUCUCAUGGAAGAGGCUAGGAGUUGGUGCAUGAAGAAGAUUGGGUCUAGAUUUGACAAGGCUGUAGAAAUGGGACCAAACCAAUUGACUGAAUAUGCUGCUGGGUUGCUGGGGGAGGGGAAUAUAUAUGAAGUGAAAGAGGGGGAUGUCAAAUACCCUAUUAAGUUUGAUGCAAGGACUUGUGGUUGUGGAGUAUGGCAAAUAUCUGGCAUACCUUGCAGACAUGGCCUUAGGGUUAUUUACCACCAAAGACUUGAGGCUACUGAUUUUGUGUCUCACUACUUCAAAGGGCAAGCAUACAAGUUAACUUACUCAGAGCACAUACACCCCAUGCCUGACCCAACCCAAUGGCCUUCUUUUGACCUUCCUAUUAUCCUCCCACCACCCAUGAAGAGAGCAUCUGGUAGACCCCCUAAACUGAGAAAAAGAGGUAAACAUGAUCCAAAAAGGGGAAAGAGAAAUAGCACUGUGAGGUGUGCUGCUGCAGCUGGUUCACAGCAAGGGAGAGAUCAAGGUGCUUCCAGUUCACAGCAACAACGUAAUGCAUCAAGUAAGGGAAAAAGGAAGCGUACUUGA